AUGACUUGGAUAGUCCUAAAAUUCAUUGAUACUGACGAAGUUGAAGUUGUGCCAUAUAGUUGGUACAAUGAAGAUUUAGGAAGAUGUAUUUAUCCACCAUUUCAACGCAAUGCAUUGGAAAAGGCAAUCAAACAAAAAAUGACCCCACCAGAUGAUGCAGAUUUAGAUGGAUGGAAUUGGUUCAAGGCAUCUCCAAUGUCAUCAACUACUUAUGAAAAUUUUCAAAUGGCUCAUGCGCGUGCCUCAAAGGCUUGUUUCACAUCGGAAAUUUCUGGUUCUGAAGCAUGCUUGCCAGCUAAAAGAAUUCCAAUUAGAAAAAAAAGAUUUGAUGACACUUCAGAUGAAAACAGUGAUGAUGAGCCCUCAUUGAAGGGCGUUCCAAAAUUAAUAACAAAAAAUGCAGUCUCAGCAAAGGCUAAACCAGUUCCUACCUCUGAUAAAGCUCCAGAAGAAACAUGCACCUUCUCUCAACUACCUGAAGAAGAUGACAAUGGUAAAUCAGUUUUCCAGAGAUUUGUUACCAGGAAUCUUGUUUACAAUAGGAAUCUGAUAGAAGCUAUCGAUAAAAAAAUUGAUAAAUUCUAUGAAGAAUUCAAAGCAUUAGAUAUAGGAAGAAAACCCAGAAAUCCACAAACCAAUGAUGGAAUAUUCUCAGAGCUCCCAGCUAAAUCACUAGAUGAGUUCAAAGAAAUUUGUGCAAAGUUGGAAGAUGUUGAAACAUUUAAUGACCUGGCAAGAAGUUUAGCAAGAUUGGGAGGAAAGAAUCAUAAAGAAUGUAUCAGGAGAUUCCUUUCAAAAACAAUUGUAGAUGAAGUAGCCAUAAACUUCACCCUUCAUGGGCAUCGGGAUGGAAAGCAAACCUUCAUCACCUCAAAAAUGUGUUUCCUCAUCAUAGAGGCUGUGAAAUCAUGUACAAACGUAACUAUAAAAGAGAUUGAGUUGCAAAUAGCACUUUGGCUGACCAAAUCAUCUGAAAGGAUAAAAAAGAAGAUUGUUGUGGAUUGA